GAGCUAAAGGGAGGGCAGUUUAAACUAACUGCUAUGUUUUGGGACAGGCUAAUCUGCUAGCGAGCAGUGUGAGGAUCGGAGCGUAUUGUGUGAGCCAGUGUGCGGAGGACAGAUAAGGGAGCCAGCCAGCCCAAGCCACCGCCUGCCUGAGUGCCUGUUUUAAUGUGCUGACUCUGAGGAGAUUAAAAACAACAUAUUGACUCCUUAGACGUGCGCGGAGAGCGGGCAGACGCCACCACAGCCACAGCCCACAGCGGUGAACCUAGCAGACAAGGGGCAGAGAGAAUAGGACUGAACAAAAAUACGAUUCAGAAAAUUUAAAAAAACAAUACAGGAUUUUUUCUUCCCCUAUUUUUCAAUUGAUUUCAUUUUUAUUUAUUUCUUUUUUCAUUGCUGGGACUGACUCCGCAACUGUCGAGAGACAAACACCGGAAGGAGGCAAAGAACUAAAGAGAAACUGAUCAUUUCAAAAGCAGGACUGAACCACCCAAAUCACUGAAUAUGUUUGAAAUAAGCCGAACACUCAACGCCGCCUUGUUGAGCAAUGAGGGCUCGACAGAGACACAGUGGCGUCAGGCAGAGCUCCCGCAGCUCCAGGGCUGGGCAGAGAAAGGAUUGCUGACACAGCCAAAGAUGAUCAUCAGUAACAUGGAGGCUCCAGUGACAAAUGGUCCGAGUGGAGGAGGUAACACAGCCAACGGUCCAACCUCCAACAGCCGCGGCUGUCCCUCGCCCAUGCAGACCGGCUCUUCCAACGACGACAGCAAGACCAACCUCAUCGUCAACUACCUGCCCCAGAACAUGACCCAGGAGGAGUUCCGCAGCCUCUUCGGAUCCAUCGGAGAGAUUGAGUCCUGCAAAUUAGUCCGUGACAAGAUCACAGGACAGAGCCUGGGCUACGGCUUUGUCAAUUACAUUGACCCAAAGGAUGCAGAGAAAGCCAUCAACACGUUAAAUGGACUCAGACUUCAAACCAAAACGAUCAAGGUGUCUUACGCACGGCCCAGCUCAGCUUCUAUCCGUGAUGCUAACCUGUAUGUGAGCGGCCUGCCCAAGACUAUGACCCAGAAGGAGCUGGAGCAGCUCUUCUCUCAGUACGGACGCAUCAUCACCUCCCGCAUCCUGGUGGACCAGGUCACAGGUGGUUCCCGAGGUGUGGGCUUCAUUCGCUUUGACAAGAGGAUAGAGGCAGAGGAGGCCAUCAAGGGUCUGAAUGGACAGAAGCCGUCCGGAGCUGCCGAGCCUAUCACUGUCAAGUUCGCCAAUAACCCCAGCCAGAAGACCAGCCAGGCACUUCUGUCACAGCUGUACCAGUCCCCAAACCGCAGAUACCCAGGCCCCCUGCACCACCAGGCCCAGCGCUUCAGGCUGGACAAUUUGCUUAAUAUGGCCUAUGGCGUAAAGAGGUUCUCCCCCAUCACUAUCGACAGCAUGACCAGCCUGGUGGGCAUGAACAUCCCGGGCCACACAGGGACGGGCUGGUGCAUCUUUGUCUACAACUUGUCCCCAGACUCAGACGAGAGUGUCCUGUGGCAGCUCUUCGGUCCGUUCGGCGCUGUCAACAAUGUCAAAGUGAUCCGUGACUUCAACACCAACAAGUGCAAAGGCUUCGGCUUUGUAACCAUGACAAAUUACGACGAGGCAGCCAUGGCCAUCGCCAGUCUCAACGGCUACAGGUUGGGUGACCGCGUCUUGCAAGUCUCCUUCAAGACUAACAAGACACACAAGUCCUGAACUUUGAGCGGAGCGAGCAGUGACCCCACAACCCGGGGUCAAAAUUGCCCCUCGACCUCUACCCUUCCCUUAGGCCCUUCCACGACCACACUGUAACAGCCAUCCAACAGCUAACUCCAACGGGAACAACACAACCAACAAUCCAACCAAUUGAACUCUACUUCUAUGGCUUAUACUAUAACUUUGGACCUAUAAGCCAAUGUUGCCUAAGUAUUACAAAAAUGAUGAAAAUGUUCAUAAGUUUUUGGAAGCUCCUGUUAUAAUGCAGGCUUCUCUUUGUUGUAUAUUCUGUUCGUUGUGGUUGUUCUUGAUGAUUUCUCUUCAGUGUAAACAGUAGCAAACCCCCAUUCCCUAAUUUCAGAGAAGAGAAUGUCCUUUUUAGAUUGAAACCUUUUCUCUGUCCUGAUUCAGGAUGUGUUUUUCUUUUGUAACUCCGGAUCCACUGUCGUUAGUACUCUGACCUCCCUGACGGUGAGCGGGAGGGGGCUCUUUUAUAAAUUAGUGAACCAUCUCUCAUUUUUAUUGUGUAUUACAACUUCCCCUUACCGAGGACGGGACAGUGCCAUCCCGCUUACUCUAAUGUAGAAAAAUAAAUUUAUAACAUGUCUUUGUUUUGUAUCGCAAACAAAACAUAGUCUUUCCUCACGGGUUCAGGGAGAUGGGGCGCGGGGGGAUGGGUUAGCUUUCCUGAUGACACGUUCAGUAAUUUAAGAAGAAUAUAACACUGUUGCCAAAGAGAAGAUCUCUUUGCUUGGAAAAAAAAAAAAAAAAAACGUGUUUAGAAAAAAGAUAAAAAUAAAGAGAAAUAAGAUCUAUUUUUAUAAAUGAUAAUUAAAAGAAUAAUAUUGAAGAAUUUUUACAAGAAUCU